CUCUCCUCCUCCUCCCUCCUUCCUCCUGGACUGAGCGAACGUGUAAGCAGCGAUGGCGGCUGCCGGGGCUCUGGCCAAGCACGAUCAGAUCCUGGUGCUCGAUCCGCCCACCGACCUCAAAUUCAAAGGUCCCUUCACAGAUGUAGUCACUACGAAUCUUAAACUACGGAACCCGUCAGACAGAAAAGUAUGUUUUAAGGUGAAGACUACAGCACCUCGUCGAUACUGUGUGAGGCCAAACAGUGGAAUUAUUGACCCAGGAUCUUCUGUAACUGUAUCAGUGAUGUUACAGCCUUUUGACUAUGAUCCAAAUGAGAAGAGUAAACACAAGUUUAUGGUACAGACAAUCUUUGCCCCACCUAACAUUACAGAUAUGGAUGCAAUGUGGAAGGAUGCAAAACCUGAGGAAUUAAUGGACUCCAAAUUGAGAUGUGUAUUUGAAAUGCCUAAUGAAAAUGAUAAGCUGACUUUACCUUCAUCAGGACCUGUAUACAUAACUCCAGCCAAGAACAACAUUCUUCAGUUAUCUGCAAAUUAUAGCCAGAAGAUUGACAUGCUGGAGCCAGGCAGUGAGGUCAAACACAAGACGAAUCAGAAUGACUUAGAUGCAAGCAAAUCUGCUCCAAUACUGAAUACAGCUAAACAAGAUGGUCCAAUGCCCAAACCACAUAGUGUUGCGCUUAAUGAUACCGAAACAAGGAAGCUAAUGGAAGAAUGCAAAAGACUUCAGACGGAUGUGAUGAAACUAUCAGAGGAAAAUAGACACCUGAGAGAUGAAGGUUUGAGGCUGAGAAAGGUGGCGCACUCGGAUAAACCUGGACCAUCAGGCUUGGCCCUCCGAGAUAAUGGCUCCAAUCCUCUUCCCUCACUUCUUGUUGUAAUUGCAGCCAUUUUCAUUGGAUUCUUUUUAGGGAAAUUCAUCUUGUAGAGAGGGAGAAAGAGAGAGAAGCAUGCAGAUUGCAGCUUCCUUUUUUUUUUCUUGGCCAGAAAAAAAAUGUAUUUACCUACCACUUCAUUGGUAGUAUGGCCCAAGUGACCAUUUUUGUGUACAGCAUCAUACAGGCUUUGCCUCUAAUGAUCUUGCACGGUUAGACAACACACACAAAAAGACAAACUGUUCGGCUGCUGGACAAAAUUGUAUAUUAAUUCAUCAAUAGCAGGUGUCAGUUGCACAUUCAGUCCUUUAUGAAAAGUCAUAAAUAAAGAAUUGUUCUUUCUUUCUGUGGUUUUAAUAAGAGUUAAAAAAAAUGUUCAAAGUCUUGUAAAUGUUAUUUUAAUAAUCCUUCAAAAAAUUAUCUGUUGCUCUUGCCUCUUGGAAAAUGAUUAUUAGAAUGCUAAUCCCACUUGUUUGGAAAUAUGAUGAAGCAUUCUGUGGGGAAAUGGUUCCUAUUAGUGUGUAAAUUUUUGCCUUUACCUUAUUUUGCUGAUAUCAUGGCAGAAUUUCUUAUCCCUUGUGAGGCAGUUGUUGAAAAAGUUUUUCAUCCUUACAGCCCUGUCCCAUGGUAUUUAACAUACAAAAUAAUAAAACUGUUAACAGCCUG